AAUCCCUUUUACAAUCCAGCGCUUGUGUGAGCUCCUCACAGAACCCAAAAGGAACUACACAGGAACUGACAAGUUCCUUCGAGGGGUGGAGAAGAAUGUAAUGGUGGUAAGCUGUGUCCAUCCAACUUCAGAGAAAAAUGGAUGCAGUGCUGUUAAUAGGAUGAACGGAGUGAUGCUUCCAGGAAACACAUCUUCAUUUACAGAGAGAAAAGUGAACGGUCCGGGAACGCCCCGGCCGCUGAACAGACCAAAGUUGUCUCUGGCCCACUCACUAGCAGCUAAUGGUCUGCCAGAUAGCACAGGCAACACAGACCUCAACGCAGAGCUAGAUGGCGACAAAGACUCGAGUGAGGUUUGUCAUUCAGAAGACUCUCCUGGGAGUGCUGUGAAGAACAAACACUCAGAUAAGGAAGAGGACAUGGAGCCUGAUCACCAAGAAGUAAAAAGACUGAAGUUUAGCGAGGAGGAUGAGGAAGAGGAGGAAGAGCAGGAGGCGGACACACUCGACCCGUCAGACAGCUCCUGCCUGUCUAAAGAAGCAGAAGCCAUGCUUCAAGAGAAGGAAGAGAAGGUUGUGAGUGAAGCCUCCAGCUCUGCUGCCUCUGAAGAACAAGAGCCAACAAGCAGCACCCAGACUGACAUGUGCUCAGGCCAGGAGGCGGAGCCAGCCGAGAGGGAAGCACUGUGUGGCUCUGACGAGGAGGGCAGCGACAUGGAUCAGACGGAGCAGCAGGAACCUGCAGGCGUCCUGGACAGGCCAGAGACCAGCAGGGACAGUGAGGAGAGCAGCAGCGACCCGGUCAGCAGCAGCAGCAGUAGCAGCAGCGGUAGCAGCUGUAGCAUAGAGGAGGGGGUGGAGGCGGCCAGAGAGGACAUCACGCUCGCUCCUUCCAGCAGUACAACCGAACCUCCUACAGAGGGCGCCAUGGGAAGUGCCACGUCACACACUGGGACCACCGAGGAGCCUAUGGAGCAGGACUAGACCGAGGACCACCCUGUGACCAUAAGCCAGCUCCUCCUUGAAUCCAGCCUUACUGUCGCUGAGGGCAGAGGCACCUCAAACACAAGACAAACACCUCGUCCCACGUUUGGACACUCCUCGAAAAACAGCUAUAUAUCUUUUUUAAAUUAUUUUACUGGAAUAUUUUAUUGCUUUUCCUGAUUUGAAGUUGGUUUCAGCAGCCUUUCUUUGAAUUGUUGUCUUUUUUUAAAUCAGUUGUGUUCAGUGGGGUUGUUUGAACAGUGCAGUGGUGCCACUCACUCCAACCAUUUGGGCAUUUAAUGUCAUAUGAAGUCCUUUUUAAAUACGGUUCACCAGAGUUCAGAGCCACUGUUUGUUGUGAAAAAUCKAAAGAACUUCAAUCUCCUGGUUUCUCGAGGCUGUUCAGGACACAUUCUGUUCAAUCUUUACACAUCUGUCAGGUCGGGGGGGCUUUUAUUUUCUCCUGUCUUAUUUUUAACUAUAGUUUUACAAAAACCACACUACCAGUCCAAACUGAACUAUACUCUGACAUGCUACCUUGUAGAGGUGUCCUCUGUAAACUGAGAUAUUUUCAAUGAGUAAAACCAUAAUUUAUGUUUUCAGUUCACUGACUUAUUUUUGGAGUAUGUUUUUGUUUUCGUCUGCCAGUCGCAGUUUCCAAAACCAGCUGUAAGUACAAAGACGAAGGCUUUCUUUGUAUCGUGAUGUCACCAUUGUUGUUCCACUGACGGAUAACCCAGAACUGCUCCUGGUUCCAGUUCUACUCCCGUUUCUGCAGCUGUACUUUUUUGAUAUUUAGAAUUUUAAAUUUCUGUAAAGUAGAUUUUUGUAGAUUGUUAUACAGUAUGUGUUCACUGCCUUUGUGAAACCAUAUAUAAUUGUAUAAUUUCUGUGUAUACUCUGAAUGCUUUUGCUUUUAAUGCGGUAUUCAGAAACAGCAAUAAAUGUUAACAUUUUUAUGCGUGGAAA